GUCGUCUACGAGAGAGCCUGCUUUCAUCGGCCUGUGCAGAAUCCAGACGAGACCAUCGACCAGUACGUGACAGCGCUUCAUACCCUAGCAGACCGCUGUGAUUUUGGCGACUUUAAACAACGAAUGCUGCGUGAUCGACUGGUUGUCGUCAUGCGGGACGGAAAGCUGUCGGAAACGCUUCAGAUGGACUCGCAGCUUACGCUUGCUUCUGCGUUGGCGAAAGCAAGGUUGAAAGAGACAGUGCGACAGCAGCAACGAGAACUGCGUCCCGAGGAAUCGCCGGCAACAUCCGAGGACGUGAACAUCGAUGAAGUAAGGCGGUACAGUGGAACAUCGCGGCGUCAAGGAAGUGAAAAACUGGCGUCUUCUCGGAAGGGGCCCUGUUCGUCCUGCGGAGGGAACCAGCACCCACGGUCAGCCUGUCCAGCGAGAGCAGCCAAGUGGUUCAACUGCAGCAACCGAGGCCAUUUCAGCAAGGUUUGCAGAACUGGAGCGGGGAAACCGAAAAAGGUCGACUCCUGGUAUAACUGGAAAGAGUCCCGCUGA